GCCGCGGCGGGGCUGACGAGCUUUCCGAUUGGCCGGGGUCCGCGCGGCAACCUGGAGGCGCCUCUUUCCGCCCUCAAGGCGGAGCCUCCUCCUCCAGCCGCGCGCCAAGUUCGUAUCUUGCAGCCGGACGCCGCCGAGUCCGACGCCGACCCCGCUCCACUUCUUGCUUUCCUCCGCCGCCAUGUGCUCCGUGGUCCCCGGCUACUCCCCCAGCUUCAAGAAGCCUCCCGAGGUGCUGCGCCUGAAGAGGAAAAGGGCGCGGAGAAGCGACGCGGAGCCCGGCCACUCUCCCAGCGCGCCCGCCGCCGCCCCUUGCGCGCUCGGCGGCUCGGCUCUGUCCCCUCGGCCCUACCCAGGGAGCCGCAGGCGGAACCCCUUCUCGAGCCUGGAGAACAGCCCGCGUCCUCCGCCAGGGACCGGCCAGUCCCUCUCUCCGGCCAGGAAACCGAGGGCGGGCGGCGCGCCCAGCUGCUCCCGCGGCCAGUUUUUAAAUGGUCUACAAGACGAUGAGGCUAUUUGGAAAGAAGAGUUUUCUGAAGCAACAUCUGUUGACUCAUUGAUCAAUGACCCAUAUCUGGCCAUUUCCAAUACUGACGUUUCUUCCUCACCAAGUUAUGAAUUUCCUGCGGACUGGAGUAUUAAAACUCGCCUUCUGUUCACAUCUUCCCAAUCAUUUGCAUGGGCAGAUCACUUAAAAGCACAAGAAGAAUCCCUAGGAUACGUCCAGCAUUGUAGAGGAGCAUUAAUAAACUUGCCUCAAAGUAUUCAGGAACCGAAGCUCUCCACAGAACUCCGAUGUGCUUUCCAGCAAAGCCUUGUAUAUUGGCUUCAUCCUUUCCUGCCGUGGCUAAAGCUGUUCCCUCGUAUUGGAGCAGAUAGAAAAAUGACUGGGAAAAAUAAUCCUUGGUCCUAUGAUGAAGGGCUCCAACAUGUUCUCAUGAGUGAAUGGUGUCUCAGUUUUACUUCCCUUUAUAAUCUGCUGAGAGCCAAGCUUUGCCCCUACUUCUACGUUUGCACUUACCAGUUCACGGUGUUGUUCCGUGCAGCAGGGCUUGCUGGAAGUGAUGUGAUCACUGCGCUAAUUUCACCCACAACUAGAGGCUUAAGGGAAUCCAUGCGAAAUGAAGGUAUUGAAUUUUUUUUACCUUUUCAAGAAGUUAGAAAAAGGAAAUCGAAUAUGUUGGCAUCUCACUUAGAAACAGGAUUUGCUAUUGACUCUGAAACAACAGGCAAGGAUGCUGAGAAUGAAGAGGGACGAGGAAUGAGUGAUGCUGAUGACGAUGAAGGAUUUUCAUGGUUGGAGGAGAUGGGAGUACAAGACAAGAUUAAAAAGCCAGAUACAAUUUCUAUCAAACUCUGUAAGGAGAGAAAUGAGGUACAAAUGGAUCACAAGCCCGAAUCUGUUGUGCUGGUGAAAGGAACAAACACAUUCACUUUGCUAAACUUCUUGAUAAAUUGCAAGAGCUUAGUGGCUGCUGCAGGCCCUCAGGCUGGCAUCCCUCCAACACUGCUGUCACCAGUUGCUUUUAGAGGGGCAACAAUGCAAACACUCAAGGCUCGAAGCAUAAAUGUGCGGGCACAGGUCCAAUCACAUUACAAAGAUUUAUUUAGUCUGGAGAUUGUUGGUCCUGUCAUGCCUCACUCUAUGCAUUCCUUGUCCAUGCUGCUCAAAUCUGCUCAGAAUGGAUCUUACUCUGCUGCGUGUUAUACACAUGACCCAACAGCAGUGUUCAACACAAGCAUCAGUAAUGAACAGAGCAUAAAAGAGGAACCCCAUCGCAAGGACCUUAAGAAAUGUGGAUUGCAUCCGAACACUUUAGAACAGCUUAUUCUUUGUCCAACAUUAGGAAAGUCAUCCAUAAGGCUCCUAGAAAUGAACAAUUAUGCCUACACAUGGAAGGCAUAAACAAGCAAUAUCGGUCAAUGAGGAAUUGCCAUUGACGUUCCUGAGAUGUUUAAGCCAUGUUGGGUGGGUACAAUAGCAUUCUGCCAAUAACAAAUUGUACAUGUUAAUGUGCAAAACCUACUAGCUAGAUUAGACUUCCGAAGCAGAGCUGAUGGAAAACUGCAUAUUCUGUGUUGUAUAGUUAGCUCAACCUUUUCCUCUUUUUUAUGAUUGAAACAUUCAUAUUUAUAGAUUUUUAAUUAAACUUAAACCCUAGAAUAUUGUGUGUUUUCUUUGAAGCUAAAAGGCAGAAGUUUGAGAUAAUUUGUUUUACCCUGCAGAAUAGUCAUGCAUUAAGUAAACCAUUUGGUUCAUUAUAAACAGGACAAAUUGCACUAGACAGUAAAUAAGGAACUUGUGCUGCUUUAUUGACCAAGCCGAGUACAACAUCAUCGUUCUACAUCCGAAUCCAGUUAUAGCUGAAAAUUCAGUUACCACAAAUGUAUACAUUCACAUCAGGCAUUGUGUUUGACUCAAAUUACAGUUUCAUGUUUCUUCUACCAAACAUGCAGGCAGGUAAAUUUAUAUUGCAGUUAUUAUUUCUGUUGCUGGAUGUGCUUCAUUCUCACAAGUGUAAUUUUUUUCUGAGCUAGACAAUUUUGCUAAACUCAAUGGCAUUUGGAUAGGGGGAAUAGCAAUAGUUAGCAUCAUCCAGCAACCGUAUCCACUUUCUCUUUGCAGAAAAAAAUAGGAGGGCCUGGCACUUGUCUAUAAUGAGCUACCAGUCAUUGUGACUGUAAACUUAAGACUACACAGCUUUAACAGAAAGUUUACCAAAAACUAUGGGAACUGCAUCAUGGUACAAAACAGUCAAAACUUUAAAUUUUAUAUUGAAGGUAAAGAUUGGUUGAGCUUUAAAACAAAUUACAGAUAACUCCAUAGUCAUGUGUUUGGAUUUUUAGUAAUUUAAGAAAUGAUGGCAUCACUAACAUCAAUAUACAUACCAAAACCAUGUGAUUUAAAUAUU